ACCAACUUCAUGGAUCCGAAAACCUUCGCGUCUUCCCAGCUCUUUCCACGCGCCACUUCCUUCAUCCACCGCCACGAUGAGGUUCAAGAUUGGUGAUCUGGAAGUUCUCUUCCCAUAUCCAAAGAUCUAUCCAGAACAAUAUGCCUACAUGACAGAUCUCAAGCGAACGCUCGACGCGGGCGGCCAUGGCAUCCUCGAGAUGCCUUCGGGCACCGGCAAGACCGUCUCGCUUCUCUCAUUGAUUGUGGCAUACCAGCAAGCGUCCGCGGAGCCGCGAAAGCUCAUCUACUGCUCGCGCACGAUGUCGGAGAUCGAGAAGGCAUUGGCAGAGUUGAAGGCGUUGAUGGCGUACCGCGCCAAAGAGCUGGGAUAUGUCGAGGAGUUCCGUGGGCUGGGUUUAACCAGUAGGAAAAAUUUGUGUCUGCACCCCGGGGUGAAGAGGGAGAAGAGGGGCGAGGCGGUCGAUGCGAGAUGUAGAAGCCUUACGGCGGGGUUUGUAAAGGAGAAGAAGGCGCAGGGCGAGGAUGUGGAGGUUUGCGUUUAUCAUGAUAAUCUGGACCUGCUGGAGCCGAGUAACCUCAUCCCGCCGGGUGUAUAUACGUUCGAUGGACUGUUGAAGUACUGCGAGAAGCACACACAAUGCCCGUACUUCAGUGCACGGAGAAUGAUGCCGUUCUGCGAUGUGAUCAUCUACUCGUACCAUUACCUACUCGAUCCUAAGAUUGCCGAGCGUGUAUCGAAGGAAUUCUCCAAGGACUGUAUCGUGGUAUUCGACGAAGCCCACAAUAUCGACAACGUGUGCAUUGAGUCGCUGAGCAUAGACCUGACUGAUGACUCACUACGGAAAGCCUCUCGGGGAGCAACCAAUCUGGAACGUAAGAUCGCGGAGAUGAAAACGAGUGAUGCGGCGAAGCUACAGAAUGAAUAUCAGAAGCUUGUUGAAGGCCUGCGGCAGGAAGAUGAGAGGAGAGAAUCUGAAGAUUCGUUCAUGGCCAAUCCUGUGUUACCUGAUGAUCUGUUGAAAGAAGCAGUGCCUGGUAAUAUCCGGAGAGCUGAGCAUUUUGUGGCAUUCUUGAAACGGUUUGUCGAAUAUUUGAAGACACGAAUGAAAGUCCUGCACGUCAUCUCGGAAACUCCAGCAUCAUUCCUUAAGCAUCUAAAAGACUUGACAUUCAUCGAGAAGAAGCCUCUGAGGUUCUGUGCGGAACGGCUCACAUCUCUCGUACGCACUCUGGAGCUGGCCAAUAUAGAGGACUACCAACCAUUACAACAGGUCGCAACAUUUGCAACCUUAGUGGCAACAUAUGAGAAGGGGUUCCUAUUAAUACUGGAACCAUUCGAAUCUGAAGCUGCCAAAGUGCCUAAUCCCGUCCUACACUUUACCUGUCUGGAUGCCUCUAUUGCCAUUAAGCCUGUGUUCGACCGCUUCUCGUCGGUCGUCAUAACCUCGGGGACAAUUUCCCCGCUGGAUAUGUACCCACGGAUGUUGCAAUUCGAGACGGUCGUCAUGGAGUCCUACACCAUGACUCUAGCGCGACGUUCCUUCCUUCCCCUCAUCGUAACCCGCGGUAGCGACCAAGUAGCUGUCAGCAGCCGAUUCGAGAUCCGCAACGAUCCCGGUGUCGUACGGAACUACGGCAGUCUCCUUGUCGAAUUCUCCAAGAUUACCCCCGACGGGAUGGUCGUCUUCUUCCCCUCCUACCUUUACAUGGAGAGCAUAAUCAGCAUGUGGCAAGGCAUGGGGAUCCUCGACGAAGUUUGGAAAUACAAGCUCCUCCUAGUGGAAACUCCCGACAGCCAGGAAACCAGUUUGGCUCUGGAAACCUACCGCACCGCCUGCUGCAAUGGCCGCGGCGCAGUAAUGCUCUGCGUCGCGCGCGGCAAGGUGAGCGAGGGAAUCGAUUUCGACCAUCACUACGGACGCACUGUGCUCUGCAUAGGAGUUCCAUACCAGUACACCGAGUCUCGAAUCCUCAAAGCGCGCCUCGAAUUCCUCCGCGAGAACUUUCGGAUCCGGGAGAGCGAUUUCCUCUCGUUCGACGCGAUGCGCCACGCCGCACAGUGCCUUGGCCGUGUCCUCCGCGGGAAAGAUGACUACGGAAUCAUGGUGCUCGCGGAUAAGCGCUAUGGCCGGAAGCGAACACAGCUUCCGAAAUGGAUCGCGCAGGCCCUUCACGAGAGCGAUGUCAACCUGUCCACGGAUAUGGCGGUUGCAGCGGCCAAGAAGUUUCUCAGAACUAUGGCCCAGCCCAUGGAGGAGCGCGACGGCAUAUCGACGUGGACGCUGGCGGAGCUCGAGGAACACCAGCGGAGCAACGCGGUGGGUGGCAGGGUUGAGGAGGUGACUGGGAAAGAUGCCGAGCAGAUGGGCAAUGGCGACGGCGAUGAUGUCGGGAGUCAUUACGAUUUCUCGGAUGAGGAGGAGCUCGCGAAGAUGGAUAUUGAUGUGCCCCCAGUGGCGGUUUGAAGGAUGGAGUGGAUGUUAGCUUGCAUAGCAUUGGAUAGGUUGUAGAUUGAAUUCACACACACGUGUGGCGUUGGUUGCACUGUAAACAUCGCACGGUGGCUGUGGCUUCGUGGAGGGAGAGAGAAC